AUGACAUUGGCAGAGGAAUUCCGCUCGAGAAACUUCAGUAUCUACGGACAAUGGACGGGUGUGCUGUGCAUCAUCCUCUGCAUCGCCCUCGGAAUCGCAAAUAUAUUCUCCUUUGCUGUUUUGCGCAUCAUCUUCAGCGUACUAUGCCUUGUCUCGGGCCUGAUCCUCAUCUUCAUCGAAGUUCCUUUCUUGCUAAGAAUCUGCCCUACCUCCUCCAAGUUCGAUGCCUUCAUUCGGCGCUUCACCACCAACUGGAUGCGCGCUGCGAUGUACGCCAUCAUGAGUGUCAUUCAAUGGCUUAGUCUUCUCCCUGGCUCCGGUGCAUCCAGUUUGAUUGUCGCGGCCGUCUUCUUGCUGAUCGCUGCCAUAUUCUAUGCUUUGGCGGGCUUGAAAAGCCAAGAAUUCGUGGGCAGCAAGACUCUUGGUGGGCAGGGACUUGUCCAGAUGAUCGUUUGA